AUGAUCACCACCGCGCCAGAAUCCUCAUUGAAUAUCAAGUUAUCCCCAGAAAAGAAGAAGAAAGGUCGUCGAGGGCGAAAGGGUAAUGCUGUCGACAUUGUAGGAUCAAAACCGAAAAAGUCCCUGUUGGUGGAUGAGCUCGGCGAUGCUCUGGUCGAUCAGCUCUACAUCUAUCCCAAGCUUGAUGGUCAGCAGGAUGCUUCGAAGAUCUCGGUCGUCGAGCACCUGCGCUGUGACUUCACUACAGCCCUGUCGGCAUCAUCGUGUGCCAGCUCAAGAAGCAGCACCAGCCGUACACUUAUCGGAUCGGACAGUUCACCACCCACCAGCCUCGAUGAACGUGACAACAGUUCCAGCACUCCCAGUCUGAGAGUCGAUAGCCACCCACAAACCAGCAGCGAGUCUCUUGAGAAAAUGGCCAGCAAAUCCGAGCAAGGCGAUGUAUUCUGUCUCGACGACUUCUCCACCAUGACGGCCAUCCAACGCCUCACAUCGCAAUACGGCCGAGUCGCACAUAUGGGUAUCCUCGACCCCAGCUACCGGUUCUUUGUCAACAAGGCACGGACAGCAGCAGUCUCUUUCAAAGUGCAAAAUGGAAUAGCCAUUGUAGGCGGCGACCCUCUUUGUGAACCUGAUACGAUUGCCGGCCUUAUGGAAGAAUUCGCAACAUAUCGACGAAAACACCAUUGGGGAAUAGCCUUCAUGGGUGCUAGUAAGUCCUUUGUCCACGAUUACGCCCAACCUCAUGGCUGGACAGCUAUCCGAUUCGGCACCGAACGCGUGCUCAACCCCCAAACAAACGAUAUCCUCCUGGAGCGCAGCGGGAAGCGAAUCGCCGUACAAAAUCGCCAGCUGCUAAACCCCCAGAAAGGCGCCAUCACCCUCGGAGUAUACGCACCCGCAGUCCACGGCACAGAUACCCAGUUGCAGGCGGAUCUGAUCGCCAUCUAUGAUGCCUGGCGGGCUGAGCGUAACGAUGCCGCGGGCCCACAAGCUUUCAUCACAGUCUACGACCCAUUCGCUCUCCCAGACCUGAUGACCUUCAUAUAUAGCCGUGGCCCUGACGGCCAGAUCAAUGGCUUCGCUGCCCUGCGCCGUCUAGGCUGCGGUGGCUACCACGUCGAUCCCUGCAUCGCUGCCCCUGGAAGCCCAAAGGGUAUUAGUGAUUUGCUCAUGGUCGCUGCCAUGGCUCUUUUGCAUCGUGCUGGCGUCACAUACCUAGGUUUCGGCUUCGAGCCUUGCCGUGCACUUUCACCUGAGGAUAUCACCGGUAUGCCGAAGACUGUGGCCAGUCUCACGCGAGAUCUGUACGGACAUACAUUCUCCCGUCUCCCUAUACGUGGGAAGAAGGCAUACCAUGAUAAGUUCCGACCGGAGUCUCUGCAAGAUUCAGGACUGUACCUCGUUUUCCCUGGAGGCAUACCAGGCCCUCGUCAUUUGCUGGCCAUGUUCCACAUGGCGAAUAUCAGUCUUCGCAAGAUUCUCUGGGCUGACAUCCGGACGUGGAUGACCAUGCGCAAACCGAAAUCGAAAUCGGACCUUACGUCUACGUUUGAUGCCUCUGAGACCCCGGAGAUCGAUCGAGAGAAGAGUUGA